UAAAUUAAUCUGUUCUACAUCGUUGAUCAAUUUUUUCAACGCAAAAAUUUUCUUCCAUCAUCAAACUUUUUAUUUCAAAAAUAUAUUAAUAUACUAUUUCCUUACAAUUGUUGCAUUUAAUUACACACCUGGAAAUUUUCAACUCGUCAUCCCCCCUCUUUGCUGUUGAGCAGUCAGCAAGAAAGAAAGCAGCUUCUCCUUCUUCAAUCGUUGCGUUUGCAUUGGGUGUAAUCUCGUUCGGAUUCUCUAGUUUGUAAAUUGUUGUUCAAAGUUGACUCUUUUUGGACUAAAUCCCAAAAGUUUUAUUGCAAGUGCAUAUUUUGUUUGUCGUAUGUCCAUCCAGAAUCUUAAUACAUUUGACCCCUUUGCAGAUGCAAUCAAGGGUUCAGAAGAUGAUGUCCAGGACGGUCUAGUUCACAUAAGAAUUCAACAACGGAAUGGUCGUAAGACCUUAACCACUGUCCAGGGCCUCUCUUCUGAGUAUGACCUGAAGAAAAUUGUCCGGGCAUGUAAAAAGGAGUUUGCAUGCAAUGGGACUGUAAUCGAGCAUCCAGAGUACGGGGAAGUGCUGCAAUUACAGGGCGACCAGCGUGAGAACAUCUGCCAGUGGCUAACCAAGACCGGGCUCGCAAAACCCGACCAGCUCAAAGUUCACGGUUUCUAAGCCCACCCCCUUCCACCCCCCGAAACCACCGCCAACAACAGCGAAAAUGACAAGAAAGCAACUACCUUAAUGUAACAACAUCAAUACCUACACAUACAUACACUACAUGAUCGUAAAUAAUACUCCAGAGCAAUAAAACUUGACACAAAAGUAGCCCGUAAUCUGUAAAUCUAGUUCAAAAUCUUCCUCGUUUUCCAAUACUGUAGAGAGCUCCACUCCUGCAAACUUGUUACAUUUCCGAUAAUUAUUCUUCCCUUUUUUUAUUUAUUUUUUGUUGUGCUUCGCUCUCACAUUGAUGCAAGAUGUUAGCUGUUAUCGACUACUGGAGUUAGUAUGUAUCUCGAUGCGAUCGACAUUUUUAGAGAAUUAAAUUUUUGAUAGUAAGCUCGAAUAAUUUGUUUUGUUUUUUACGUUCUACGCCAUGUUGAACAUGAAACCACUAAGCUAAGUACUUGACGGUUGAAAGAUUUUGUCUUGCUCACAGUUAGUGUUAUCUUACACUAAUGGAAUUAACCGUGCCUUUUCCCAGAACGAGUACGUCUUCUCGCGGUACAGCAAAACGAGAAUCAUUUGGAUGCCUCGACCGUUCGAGACUGAUAUUCGUUGAACAAAAACCACUCUAGUACGGUGAUUUUAGGAUAAAAAUUUGUCAACAUCUCAAGUAUGAAGUUAUUCGCCACAAUGUCACAAAAUUCAAAUCUCGGCUCAUCUUGUCAUGGUAACGGAUAGGUUGUUUUCAGUUUGAGCAUAGUCAAUAGUCAUGGCUCUUUUCUACUCCCAGUAUCGGUUUUCAUUGUGAUAGUUGCUCUAAUACACUACUGCUACUGUGCUACAUACAUUAAUAGUUUUCCAACUAUACUGCUUCCAAAUUUUAUUUUGUUCAGCUUCAUCAUAUUAUUCAAGAAUUUUUCUCCAAAUUUAUUCAUGUAUCGUGUAAUUUUUCAUCCAUUAAUAUUGUCCUCACUAAAUUUAAAUUUGUAAUUCCGCAAUAUUCCUCUAGAUAAAUUUCACAUGUAUCGGUAAUAAUCGAUGAAGCAACACACAUGGUGGUAUAUGUAAAAUUAUAAUUAAUGUUUUCAUACAGCAGUGUAUGUAGUAGUUUUCACAGUUGAUUAUUAUUGUAAUGGAAUUAUUGGAAUAUUUUUUAAAAUAAAUUUAUUGAAAGUACA